UGUUGUUUGAUCGAGCUCUUUAUUAAUUGUUUUGGGAAUCGCGAGCUGAUGGUGCUGCUUCCACUUCAUGCACUUCCUGGUGCUGCUCUUGCUUGAGCAGCUGCUGCAGACGCAACAGAUCCGCCUGGACGAUCCGGGGCCUCUGUUUGAGGAAGAGGCACCCGACUGCCCAGACGCGCGGUUGGUGUCUGCUGCGCCCUUCCUUUUUGAAUUGACGCACCCUGCCACCUUGAACGUGGCAUUCGUGAUCAACUACACCCUCAAGGCCUCGUCCAAGUGUCAGUCAGAUGCUCCGGGUCUCUGCACCGCCUCGGUGAUGCCCGUGUACGGCCCCCCUGGCAACGUGGUGCGGGGCUCGACAGUUCGGAUCACCGCGCACGCUGAGUGCAUCCGACAGGGCCACUCCCAGCUGUUUCUCUGCCCGGUGAACGCCUCCGGCUACAAAUGCGCCGCCGCCCUGCGCCUCCCCGAGCGGCCCUGGCGUUUGCGGCACUUGUGCCAAGCGGUGAUCUCGGCGGUCAGGAUGCAGCGCUUGGAUGAUCCAGCCAACCGCAGCUUCCUCCAGGACUUUGUGCUGGAAGGCCUCUUCCUGAUGAUUUUGUUUGGGGUGGUGGGUGUCUUCUUCUGGCUGGGCCGGGAGAUCUGGCUGCUGAAAAGUCAGCCGCCCGCGCCGGAGGGGCCCACGGAGCUCAUCAUCCCCAGCGACUUGCAGAUCAUGAAGGAGGGGGUGAAGGACGUUCUCCACUUUACCGCGGGCAGCGUGCUGCUGCUCUUUGCGGCGACGAGCUUCCUGCAGAAGUUUGGGCGCGGACAAGCGAUGGAUAACCUGCUACUGGCCAGCCCCUUGCUCCUGGGCCCUGCCGGCACCUGUCGGAUCUUCUUGUGCAAUAGCCGGCGCUUGCUCUUCCACGCACUGCUGCGGCACCACGUCGUCUUGGACUUCCAGAGGCAGAGCCUAGAGCCUUUGCUCCUGUGGCUCUACGGCAGCUUCGGCAUGGUGGUGGCUGUGCUGCUGCUCAGCUCCUGGCAGUGUGUCAGGAAAAACCUCAUCAGCGCGCUGGGCAUGUUGGUGGGGCUGAUCGUGUUCAGCUCCCCCCUGCAGUACAUGCUGUUCUCCCUGAGGAACUCUUUGUCGCUGGAGAAGGAGGUCUUCAACCAGACCUGCCUGAAGAAGCUCUGCGAAGCUUCCGACAUCGAGAAGCUGCAGCCUCUGACCGAGGGCUGCUUUUUGGCGGCUGCCGCCGCCCAGAAGGAGCCCCGGUCCAAGAAGUCAUUGGCCUCAGACAUCGAGGCGGCCAAAGCGUUGGUUCCUGCAGAGCACGCGCGGACUUUGCAGCUCUCGGACAUGGUGUGGAUCCCGAGGCUGGUGUCUCCGAAGCCCUUCCUGGUCACCUCUAUGCCUUUGUUGGGCUUCCUCACGCUCUGUUUGGCCCUCGCGAACAUCGCAUGCUACACGGACCAGCAGAUCGAGGUGCCCGAGCUCACCUCCCUGGCUGCGGACGUGCCAGGCCUGUUCCCUGCCUUCACCCCGGAGGUGAGGGACUACACCUUCAUGGUGAGCGAGGGUCAGAAGAGCAUCACGCUCACAGUUGCUGCCAACCCCGACAAGACCAGCCACAUCUCUGCUAUGAUCAUGAACGGUGCCCUGCGGGAGAUGCAAAAGGAGUCGUCCCUGUCUGGCGUCCUGAGCUACUACGUGCCCCUCAGGCGCCUCAACGCGACCUACCCCACCAUUAUCGAGUUUUCCGUGGGCACGCUGAGUGAGGUGCUGGAGUAUCGCAUCACGGUGCUGGAGACGGAGCCGGUCCUGAGGAGCCUGGUGCUGCGCGGCAACAGCUACACGCGCUGCAUCCCCCAAAGCCGGCUCGAGGAGACCGUGGCUUUUCCAGAAUUGGCGCAGGCUGACCUGCACGCGGAACUCUCCGUGAUGCGGUGGUGGUACGGCCUGCCCCAGGAAGCGCCGCCUGCGAGCUCAAUGACAGUGUCCCGGGAGUUUGUGACGGUCUUCAGGACCCAAGAGGAGGAUUGCAGCGCCUGGUGCAAGCCGCAGGCCUUUUGCUACGGAACCCGUCCGGGCGCAGGGGGCUGCUUCUUCGUCUUCGGGCCAGAGGUGUCGCACAAGUUUAACUGCUGGCAGCUGCAGGCUUCGGAGGUGCCCGACCUGAACGACGGGAAACAGUUGGCGGCAAGCGCUUGCAACGAGUUGCGGGAGUGCCAACGAGAGGUCAAGACAGAGGGGGGCAAGCUGGUGAUCGACAUCAGCAGGCUGGUGUCGAACAAGAAGAUUGCAAACAAGAAGCUGGAGUUCACGUUCGAUCUCCAAUCCGGAGUCACCGUUUACACCGCGAAGUCACACGAGCUAGCCUUGCACUGCGGCACGCCGUGGUUGAAGGAUAUGUUCGUGGCGACAAACCACCCGGAGCUGAUCUAUAUUGAUGUGAAGUGGCACAGGAGCAAGUCCGGCAAGCAGCGGGUGAAGAUCCAAUUGUCCUACAACCCCCGGAAAUUGGGGAAGUAUUUCAUGCUGUCCAUCCACGAGAUUCUGGAUGAUCCCGAGUUUGGUCUCCUGCUGCCACCGGAUGCGCGUUUCUUGCUUGACGGCCCUCCCAUGCCUUGCACCCAGCAGGGCUGGAGCUGGAGGUUGGGCUUGUGCGGCAAGCUGCCCACAGCCAUGCUGCAACUGGACACCUGGCAGCCCGAAGUGUCCCACGCGCAGAUCUUUUUGAGGUACGCGCGCAAUAUGACACUCUUCCCGCCGCGCGUGCUGGACUUUGAGGUGCAGUACAAGGACCCCCUCUCCGGCCAGCAUUCAGUCGUCAUAGCUGCGACGCAGCAGAACCCCAGCUUUCAGUGGGGGCAAAGUGCCCGUUGGGUUCGCCCCUUCCGGCCACA